GUUCUCCCACAGGAGUUCCAGCUCUCAGAGGAAGCAGGCGGUGAAAGACAAGCAGGAGAAGACCGUUUGGUCCAGGCACCGGAGAGUCUUCAAUGGCUAAUCAAGAGUGGGCAAGGUGGGGAUACGAGGACACCAAGGCAUUCGGACGACGGCCGGGUUCUGGAAACUGACAGACCUUCAACUUCUUCUUUCGCAAGAGAAAAUAGCAGCAAGGAAGAAAAAAAAACAAGCAAGUACUCGCAACCGAGAAGGGGGAGAUGUCCAAGACAUCUUCCCGCCUGGGUCGACCUGGAUCCAAGAACUUCAGUUCAAGGAUGGACCUGCAAGGUAACCGCUCAUGCAUGCUGCGCAUCGGGGAGAGGCUGAUGAGAGCCGGCAGCGAGGGGAACUUGGCCCAAAGGCCCUUUUUGACCCAGAGCCAGGACCAAAACAAGGCUUCCGGGUUAGGACACGGACCUGAUGGAACAACCAAAGUGGACUCUUCUGUGGAGGACAAGGUUCUGGAGCCUGCAGGGAAGUAUUGUAGUGAAGACCCCGGAACCCCGUCUGUGGCCCCCUGCGCCUCGGCUCUGAGCUGUGAGGCGGAGCCCUCGAGCACACGUCACGCCGACAACAACCUGCUCCUGGACCCCGGUGGACCGCCCGCCUCUCCCGCCACGCGUCCUCGAAGCCACGCGGAGAGUGUGGCGAGGAAGAAGGAGGUGUUCCUGGACCACCUGAGGCGGAAGUACCCCGACCACGCCGACAUCAUCCUGGGACACCACGAGGAGAAGAUGCGUGGCCCCGUGGCCCCUGAGGGUGGCUGUGAAGCAGACAUGAGUGACGGAGACUGGCAGACGCUCCCUUUCUCCAGGGGCUGCAGGUCCAGGUCUAGUCUGCCUGUGGGCCGCUCCGCCACCCAGGACCAGGAGCCGCUUGGUGUUCUGUACCUGCAGUAUGGCGAGCAGACCAAGCAGGUCCACGUGGCCACAGAGAUCAGCAGCGAGCGGGACCUGCAGGACCUCUUUGUGGCCGCUUUCCCUCAGCAGCUCACCGCCAACAUGCUAAAGUCUCCCAACAUGGCCGUCUACGUCAAAGACGCUCGACGCAACCUCUACUUCCACCUGGACGACGUCAGAAACAUCUCAUCCCGCUCAUGUCUGAAGGUUUAUCACAAAGAUCCAUCCCACGUCUUCAACCGCCACCACGCCCGGCCCGCCACCGCAGAAGCCCGGGUGGCGUACGGCAGUCACAGUCCCGUCCACACGCUGUCAUCGCCCGGCCGAGCCGCCAUGUCGCCCCCUAUGGUGCGCUCCAUGCCCUCCUCGCCCUCCAGGUUGGCCUACAGUGGGAGGAGCUCCCCGGGCCUGGGGGCGGGGUUGGGGGCGGAUGCCUUGCUCAGGGACCGGCUGUCUGGGGCGGGGCGGUCCGGCAGCCUGAGCAGCAGCAGCGCCAUACUGGAGAGGAGGGAUGUCAAACCUGAUGAUGAGGAGGUAAACAACAAGAAGAAGAAGACGGCCAUGGCCCUGGUGCUGCGUGCAGAUGGAGGACUACAUUACCCAGAAUCCCUCAGCAGCGUGGCUUCCUGCCAGAGCAGUUGUGCUUCUUCUUCAGUGUCAGCAGCAGGGGUGCAGGACUGUGGGGACUGUGGGCUCUCUGGCACCUCCGCUGGCAUGCAGCAGUACCGCGCCUCCAUCACACCUCUGCACACCUUGGAACACCAAACACAAUCCUCACACAGACAAAGAGGAAACAGGAAGUACGCCGACGGCCAACAAACCCCGCCCCCUUCCCCUCAAAGAGUGAAAGAAGAGAAGUUGGCCAAGCAGAUCAUCGGAGGUUUAGGUCUGGUCUCCGCUUCCAGGCAUACACCUUCAAGGCGGGAAAGUCAGGCCGUUGCCGUGGAGACCGUGAGCAGGAGCAGAGGAAGUGGCUCCUCCUCUUCCUCCUCCUCCGUCUUUCUGGACUUUGGCCCCGCCCCCUCUGAACCGCUGAGUCACAUGACCGCCUUCCACGCUCAGAGUGAGAGACUGAGGGCCAUGGAGGAACAGAUCUCCAGUCUAGCAGGACUGGUCCAACAUGUUUUGUCCACAGGAGACAAGAAGACGUGUGUCAGCGAGAGCAGAGAAAAAAGUCCAGCAGUUGUGAUGACGGACAGAACAGGUCCCGCCUCCCUGGCUGGUCAGGCUCCGCCCACCGAGAGCAAAGCCCUGCAGGGUUUGGCGCAGCUGAGAAGAAGUGUGUGUGACCUUCGACUGCAGCUGACUCACCUCAGACACCUGCAGGUGUCGCAGCAGCAGAGCACCAGGUCCAUGCUGCGGAUGGCCGAGCAGGAGCUGGUCUUGCUCAUGUCCGAGCGCUGGUCUCAGACUGAGGACAGGACUUGUGGACCACGAGCCCAGAUGGAGGAGGAGAGACUGCACUACCUGGCCACUGAGGAGAGCAUCCUGCAACAACUCAGCCACCUGGAGGCGUACGUGAGUCGCUUGCAGACCAGCGGUGUUUCUUUCCCUGCCCACGUGCCCACGGCCCUCAGGGACGUGGAGGAGGGGGCGGUGAACCUGCGCAGAGUCGGCCAGACCCUCGCCACCCUGAAAGAAGAGUUUCCAGAACUGCAAGUGAAGAUGCGCUCAAUGCUCCGGUUGGAGAUGGAUGCGGUUCGGUUUUUGAAGGAGGAGCCCCACAAGAUGGACUCCAUGUUGAAGAGGGUCAAAGCCCUGACCGAGGCUCUCAGCUCCCUCCGCAGAUCUGUGUCGGAACCAAGUCCCCCAGCCAGGGGGGAGUCCGGAAGAGUCCCAGAAGCGCACCAGGAGCGGAGUCCGCACACCUCCCCAAAACCGCAGCCCCGAAACCGCGCUCCACCUGGUCUACCUUCCACUUUAGCACAGCCUGAGCUGGGGUUUGCGGGCCCGGGUUCUCCGGUCUCAACACGCAGAGUGAAGACCACCGUGAUCCAAGCCCACCAGCACAGUCCACCCCUGACACCAACCCACGGACGAGACCUGCCAACCGUGGCCAAGGUGAGUCCUUGCAGUCGAGAGGGAAGCCCCGCCCUGCAGAAGCGGCCCGGUCCUGACAAGAUCCUGGUCCGGUCCACCGUGCCAGACCCCGGUCACACCUCGGGCCAGGUCCAGACUUGGGUCCAGGACGCCAGCGGAGCCCCUGAGGUGACCUGUCCCACGCGGACCUCCGAGGUCACCAAAGACCUGGACCAGGUCCUCCGGGAGGCCCGGGCCAGUCUGACUAAGUCCACCCCGGACCCGGACCCGUCCCACGCCGGAGGGUCUCACCCGGAGAAACCCUUGGACCUGACCCUGCAAGCAUCACCGUGCGGAGACGAGGAACCCAGACCGACACAGCGGGGGCAACAAGCGGCUUCUUCUCUGCUGGAGCGCCAGGCAGAAGCAGAAGCGUCUUCGAGCAGCAGACGGAGCCCACGGCCGCAGGUGGAGAAACCUCGGCGACCCAGCGUGGAGAGGAAGCCGAGUCCCGACCCGGGUCACUCAUCCCCGAGUCCCCCGAGGAGGUCCCAGGCCCUCAGCGGAGGUGUGGCCGCGGGAAGGAGUGGAGAAGUUGUCUUCACUGCCAGGAAGGAAGCUCCUGGACCACAGAAGGACGUGGGAGACAAAGAGACGUCUGUCGUUCCUCAAACUAAACCCCCGAGACAGGCGCCAGAAGUCAAACCUAAACCUGUGGACGCUCCUGCCGACCAUGACGAUGACCGGAGGUUUAUGAAAGAACUACAGACCUCCAGCUCCUCGGCCCAGCGAUCCCACAUCACCACGUCUUGUCGUUCAAUUCCCUCUUCGGGCUCACCUGAGAAGGCGCCCAAGCCCGCCCAGAAGAAACCCAGUCAGGCCGACUGCGGACGUUGUCGAGCGGCUGAGGAUUUGAACCAAUCAGGCGCGGCGUUGCGUGCAUCUAAGAUUCCCGCCCUGUGUCGUAGUUUGGGGCCGGAGCUUCCUCCUUCCGACUCCGUAACCAUGCCUCACUGCUCGGAAGCCGCCGACUCCUCUUCCUCCUCCACCGCUUCGUCUUCCAAGUCCUCGGGCAGAAAGCUCCUUCUCGCCUCUUCCCCUUCCUUUGCCCCGCCUUCUUCCUAUGCCCCGCCUUCUUCCUGGCCGCCAUCUUCUUCCUGGCACAAGUCUCUCAUCCCGUCUCUGAAUUUGACCCGUCUGCUCCCCUCGUCUAGUCGAGUCCCGCCGACUCCCGACCGUGAACCCCACCGGAGCAAGCGUCAGCGCCGCCCUGGCCCCGCCUCCCAGCUCACCUGCUACUCGUCUUCGUCCUCAGCGUGCUCUUCGUCUUCGUCCUCGCCGCGCUCCCCUUCCCCUUCCUCCUGUCUCCUGCACGCCGUGAUGUCGAGUCACGGAGGGCGGAGUCUCCCGGCAUCUUUGUCCAACGCCGCUACUCCGACCCGCAGCAGGAAAUACGUCAAAGGUAGCGACGCACAGCACUGCGAGCCACCGACCACGCUAACACAACAAACCAAACAUGCUAACGCACAAAAAAUGAAACAUGCUAACACAACAUGCUAAGAUAUGAGUCAUGAUAUCACAGAAGGGCCAUUCCACCAAAUGCUAACAGUUAGCAUGCAUCAGGUAUCAAAAGAUAUGACCUUUGAAGCAUAUACCUGCUUAAUAAGAUUUAUUUUCUUUUAAAAGCUAGCAUGCUAACAGUUAGCAGGCAUCAGGUAUCAUAAGAUAUGAUCUCUGAGGCUUACACCUGCAAAAUUAUAUAUAAAAAAAUGUUAACAUGCUAACAAUAGCAUGCUAAAAUGCUAACAGUUAGCAGGUGUCAGGUAUCAAAAGAUAUGAUCUCCAAGGUUUACACCUGAAAAAUUAUAUUUUAAAAAAUGCUAACAUGCUAACAUUAGCAUGCUAAAAUGCUAACAACAAGCAAGCGGCGGGUAUCAAAAGAUAUGACCUCUGAGGUUUACACCUGCAAAAUGAUAUUUAAAAAAAACAAAAAACUGCUAACAUGCUAACAUUAGCAUGCUAAAAUGCUAAUUAGCAAGCGGCAGGUAUCCAAAGAUAUGACCUCUGAGGUUUACACCUGUAAAAUUAAGUUUUAAAAAAAUGCUAACAUUAGCAUGCUAAAAUGCUAAUAGUUAGCAGAUGUCAGGUAUCACAAGAUAUGACCUCUGAGGCUUACACCUGUAAAAUGAGAUAUAAAAAAACAAUAUUGCUAGCAUGCUAAAAUGUUAACAGUUAGCAGGCACCAGGUAUCAAAAGAUAUGACCUCUAAAGCUUACACCUGCAAAAUUAGAUUUAAAAAAAAAAUUGCUAAGAUGUUAACGUUAGCAUGCUCAAACGCCAACAGUUAGCACGCGUCAGGUAUCAAAAGAUAUGACCUCGGAAGCCUAUACCUGCAAAAUAAGAUUUAUUUAUUUUUAAAAAGCUAGCAUGCUAACAGUUAGUAGGCGUCAGGUAUCAAAAUAUAUGACCUCUAAAGCUUACACCUGCAAAAUUAGACUUUUAAAAAAAUGCUAGCAUGAUAACAUUAGCACGGUAAAAUUCUAACAGUUAGCAGGGGUCAGGUACCGAAACAAACAAAUGACCUCUGAGGCUUACACCUGCUAAAUUAAAUUUAAAAAAAGCUAGUAUCCUAACAUUAGCUUGUUAAAAUGCUAACAACGAGCAGACGUCAGGUAUCAAAAGAUGUAUGACCUUUAAAGCUUACACCUGCAUAUAAAUGUUUUUUUUUUAAGAAGCUAGCAUGCUAACAGUUGGCAGGUGUCAGGUAUCAAAAGAUAUGACCUCUGAGGCUUACACCUGCAACAUUAGAUUUAAUCAUAUAUAUAUAUUGUUAACAUGCAUCAAGUAGCAAAAUACAUGACUGUAAGGUGCGCAUACAUCAAAAAUUAGCUAAUACAAAAGUUAAGAUGCUAAUGUUAGCAUGCCAACCAAAUGUUAUGACCUCUGAGGCUUAUAUAUGGCGUCACAUUAGUGCCAAAAAUCCAAGCGCAUAAAAACUGUUAUCGCGCACUGACUCACCACUUUGCGCGCGCGCGUUACCUAUUCGUGCGCGCUCCGUAUCGGUCUGGCAUCUCUCCUCGCACUCUCAUGUUUGUUUUGGCACUUUGGGGGCGGGAAUGGUUGGACGGCCCCUUCUUUCUGAUUGGCUCUGAGCGCUGUCAGUCAAUGGCAAUGUGGCGGCCAUCUUACCUCAGGCAGCUGGCCCCGCCCAGUACAUAGUUGUCAAGGAACAUGCACUAUUUAAAUAACCAUAACUUGCUCAAUUUUCAACUCAUUUCCCAACGGUUUAAUUUGUUAUAAAUGUCAGGUUUUCAUGGCUGAACAAGUAAGUCUUACACUAUUAUCUCUCGGGUUUAAUUUGACUAAUGUAUGGAGCUAACUUUUUUUGUUGUUUUUUUAAAUACAUAUUUUUAACUCUGCCAUCUAUACUGAUCUGGGCUGAUAUCUAAUUCUCCAUAGUUUUAGUUGUUUGCAGAAGCCUAAAUACUUUUCAUAGUAAUAUUAAAACCAUAUUCAUUAAUUGUAGUGUUAACCUGUCAUUCAUUAUUCUACUAAAAUAGUAAUUGCAAUCAUAACAUCAAUAAUUAGGCCCAUAUGCUAAUCAUGUGGUCCUGAUAUGAAGUAGGCAUAGAUAAGUGGCUUCAGGUAGACUCUGCUGUAAACUUCAAGUAGAGGAAAGAAAAUUAAUAGUCCAACAUUGUGGCAUCGGCGUUUUCUGGAUGUUGUUGAUAAAUGGCUUUCACUUUGCAUAGUAGAGCUUUAACUUGCACUUUGAAGCAUUUUAAGGAGGUCAAAUUACAGCUCAAAGAGGCAAAAAUGACAUAUUUGUAACGCAUCGAAAGGAGGAAAGAAAAUUAAUAGUCCAACAUUGUGGCAUACAUUCAAUAUUUACAUAUACAAAUAUUAGUUGAAUAAAAAUAUUUUUCUGCAAACAACUCAAACUAUGAAAACUUAGACAUCAGCCCAGAUCAGUACAGAUGGCAGAGUUAAAAAUAUGUAUUUAAAAAAACAACAAAAAAGCUAGCUCCAUACAUUAGGCUAAUUAAAUCUGAGAGAUAAUAAUGUAAGACUUACUUGUUCAGCCAUUGUAGUCCCAAGAAAACCUGAUUUCCUUUCUUUUUAAUCCCAGGGAACUGCCAUGGACCUUUCAUCAUAGAUAUGAAUAAACACUCCAUGUUUCUCCAUCUUACCUCAGACAGCUGGUCCCCAUCAUUUUAUUGAUGUCAAUGCUACAUGUUCUAUUUAAAUAUACACAUAAUAAAGCUGCAAGCAGCGUUGGUCGGGUCCGCCUUUGGCUGCUGGACACCCGACCCAAGCCCUGGUCUAAAUCAGACCUACAUAGAGGUUUUUGUCUCAUGUCUCUACGACAUUCCUAACAGAAGUUACAAGCAGUUUUGUCGGGGUUUUUUCCUAGGGGGCUUUAGAGCGCAAAUUUGAUUUUUAGUGUUUGUUUUUUUAUUAGAUGGCAAUUUUUGCCAGUCCUGAUGUGUGUGUAAAAUUUGGUGAGUUUUGAAGCAUGUUAAGGGGGCAAAAUUACAGAUCGGCGUUUCUGGAUGUUGUUGAUAAAUGGCUUUCACUUUGCAUAGUAGAGCUUUAACUUGCACUUUGAAGCAUUUUAAGGAGGUCAAAUUACAGCUCAAAGAGGAAAAAAUGACAUAUUUAUAACGCAUCGAAAGGAGGAAAGAAAAUUAAUAGUCCAACAUUGUGGCAUACAUUCAAUAUUUACAUAUACAAAUAUUAGUUGAAUAAAAAUAUUUUUCUGCAAACAACUCAAACUAUGAAAAGUUAGACAUCAGCCCAGAUCAGUACAGAUGGCAGAGUUAAAAAUAUGUAUUUAAAAAAACAACAAAAAAGCUAGCUCCAUACGUUAGGCUAAUUAAAUCUGAGAGAUAAUAGUGUAAGACUUACUUGUCCAGCCAUGAUAGUCCCAAGAAAAUCUGAUUUCCUUUCUUUUUAAUCCCAGGGAACUGCCAUGGACCUUUCAUCAUAGAUAUGAAUAAACACUCCAUGUUUCUCCAGCUUACCUCAGACAGCUGGUUCCAAUCAUUUAUUGAUGUCAAUGCUACAUGUACUAUUUAAAUAUACACAUAAUAAAGCUGCAAGCAGCGUUGGUCGGGUCCGCCUUUGGCUGCUGGACACCCGACCCAAGCCCUGGUCUAAAUCAGACCUACAUAGAGGUUUUUGUUUCAUGUCUCUACGACAUUCCUAACAGAAGUUACAAGCAGUUUUGUCUGGGUUUUUUCCUAAAUUUGAUUCUUAGGGUUUGUUGUUUAUUAGAUGGCAAUUUUUGCCAGUCCUGAUGUGUGUGUAAAAUUUGGUGAGUUUUGAAGCAUGUUAAGGGGGUGAAAUUACAGAUCGGCGUUUCUGGAUGUUGUUGAUAAAUGGCUUUCACUUUGCAUAGUAGAGCUUUAACUUGCACUUUGAAGCAUUUUAAGGAGGUCAAAUUACAGCUCAAAGAGGCAAAAAUGACAUAUUUAUAACGCAUCGAAAGGAGGAAAGAAAAUUAAUAGUCCCACUUUGUGGCAUACAUUCAAUAUUUCCGUAUACAAAUAUUAAAUAAAUAAAUAAAAAAAUUAAGACAGACAAGUGAGGAAAGAAAACAUAUUGUAAAAUAUAAUUUCCAUCAUUGACUGUGGACUGCUUGUAUGAAAAGAGAGAUAUUGAUCUUGACACUUCAUGAACUAUGUGAUGUUCUCUCAACAGAUGAGACAUUACCUUCUUCAAAGACUUUUACAUCAAAUUCAAUUGGCAUUUUCCACAACUCCACUAAAUUUGGACUUUUUAGAAUUUGUUUGUCGACAAGAGCUGUAUCAUCUUGAUACAUAUUGACCAUGACCCGCCCUGCUAUACUUCUGAUUGGCCCUCAGCGAUUUUUGCCUGACCAAUCAGAAAGGAGGGGCCGUGUAAGAAUAACCGCCCACAAAGUGACAAAACCAAGACGCCGCGCGCACGCACAAGAAGUGGAGAAUCAGCGCGCGAUAACAGUUUUUAUGCGCUUGGAUUUUUGGCACUAAUGUGACGCCAUACUUAUACCUACAAAGGUAUCUAGGAAAAAGAAGCUAGUUUGCUAACGUUAGCAUGCUAACAUGCUAAAAGUAUGUAUCAAGUAUAAAAAUAUGACUCUGCAAAAGGUGCUAAUAAGCUAGCAAUGGACUAAAUAUUAGCACAAUAAAGUCUAUAUUUCAAAUCUGACAUACUUUAUUGUUGUACAUAAUACCACAUGCAAACAUGACAAUAUCAUUGUUCAUCAAAACAAAUAUAAAUAAUGUCUAUAUUACUGUUAUUAUUAUAAGUGUUGACAUAUUUGUAUAAUGUAUAUUUGGACUUCUUUCACUUUCUUCUUCCUUUUUCUUGGAUUUUUCAUGAACUUAAGCAACAUUAUUCUUUUAAUUACACUUUUGAAUUUUAAGUUGUUUUUUCCAAAAAUAUCUUCAUUUGCGACAUUUAUUUUGAAAACAUUUAUUUUUAUAAACUACUGUAUAUUUUUGUUAUUAUAUAUAUAUAUAUAUAUGUGUGUGUAUUUUGUUAAAUGUUAUUGUCAUUUUAUUGUUAUUUUUUUCACAAAGUCACAAAACUGGGGGCACGACAGGAAGUUGUUACGUUUUCAAACCUCGCAAACUUUUUGUCGUGUUCUUAAAGUUUUCCGACUUUGAGUGGUGACAAAAUGAAAGAAAGGUAUCAAAUUUCAAUAGCGAAAAUCCGUUUGGGGGAAAAUGUGACGUUUUAAGAACUAGCAUGAAACUCCGGCUUGUUUUGUUCGGACGGUGUAACGAUCGGAACCGACGCUAAGAUGGAAAAAGAAUGUUUUUAAUUUGAAGAACGAGCUAUGCAAAUUAUUACCACUUAUUCCUAUUUUUGAGGUCUACUUUUAUACUAAUAGACAUUUUUAACCAGAUACUUUCAAUAAGAAGAAAAAUGUAUAUUUUAGUCGGAAAAACUUCCUUCCAGUCAGGAACAAAGUAAAUAUUACUAAUAAAAUAAUGUACGUCUAUUUCAAGUAUUUUUUUACAAAUCAUUCCUGAAAAGUGGAGGACUUCAGUUAUUAGCGUAGAUGACAUCUUAUUCAACCACCGAAAUGUAACAAUCGUAAAAUGCGAUCUUAUUUAAGUACGGAAACAUAACAAUCGUAAAAUGCGAUCUUAUUUAAGUACGGAAACAUAAUCCUAAAAUGCGAUGUUAUUUAAGUACAGAAACAUAACAAUCGUAAAAUGCGAUCUUAUUUAAGUACGGAAACAUAAUCCUAAAAUGCGAUCUUACUUAAGUACGGAAACAUAACAAUCGUAAAAUGCGAUCUUAUUUAAGUACGGAAACAUAACAAUCGUAAAAUGCGAUCUUAUUUAAGUACGGAAACAUAACAAUCGUAAAAUGCGAUCUUAUUUAAGUACGGAAACAUAAUCCUAAAAUACGAUCUUAUUUAAGUACGGAAACAUAACAAUCGUAAAAUGCGAUCUUAUUUAAGUACGGAAACAUAACAAUCGUAAAAUGCGAUCUUAUUUAAGUACGGAAACAUAACAAUCGUAAAAUGCGAUCUUAUUUAAGUACGGAAACUUAAUCCUAAAAUGCGAUCUUAUUUAAGUACGGAAACAUAACAAUCGUAAAAUGCGAUCUUAUUUAAGUACGGAAACAUAACAAUCGUAAAAUGCGAUCUUAUUUAAGUACGGAAACAUAACAAUCGUAAAAUGCGAUCUUAUUUAAGUACGGAAACAUAACAAUCGUAAAAUGCGAUCUUAUUUAAGUACGGAAACAUAAUCCUAAAAUGCGAUCUUAUUUAAGUACGGAAACAUAACAAUCGUAAAAUGCGAUCUUGUUUAAAUAUGGCUACAUAACAAGUUAAGUUGAAAAUGUCUGCUUUAAAUUUGAACAAUGUUUUUUACGUGUACUCUUCUAGUAGUCUGAGCUUCUCAAGUACUGCAAUUAUUUACCUCUUUUUACUUGGAAAUCUCUCCCAGCCGUCAGUGAAACGUUUUUUAUUUCGAAAUUUCUGAGCCGUCAAAGAAACGUCUUAUUUUGAAAUCUCUCCCAGUCGUCGAAGACACUUAUUUUAUGUGAAAAUCUUCCAGUCGUCAAAGAAACGUCUUUUAUUUUGAAAUCCCUCCUAGUUGUCAAAGAAACAUCUUUUGUUUUGAAAUCGCUCCUAGCCGUUAAAGAAACAUGUUAUUUUGAAACCUCACCUAGUCGUCAAAGAAACGUCUUUUAUUUUGAAAUCUCUCCCAGCCGUCAAAGAAAAGUAUUUUAUUUUGAAAUCUCUCCCAGCCGUCAAAGAAACAUGUCAUUUUGAAAUCUUUCCCAGCCGUCAAAGAAAAGUCUUUUAUUUUGAAAUCUCUCCCAGCCGGCAAAGAAAAGUAUUUUAUUUUGAAAUUUCUCCCAGUCAUCAAAGAAACUUAUUUUAUUUUAAAAUCUCUCUUAGCUAUCAAAGGAAAGUAUUUUAUUUUGAAAUCUCUCCCAGUCAACAAAGAAACUUAUUUUAUUUUAAAAUCUCUCUCAGCCGUCAAAGAAAUGUCUUUUGUUUUAAAAUCUUUACCAGUCGUCAAAGAAACUUCUUUUAUAUUAAAAUCUUUCCCAGUCGUCAAAGAAGUGUAUUUUAUUUUGAAAUCUCUCACAGUCAUCAAAGAAACGUCUUUUAUUUUGAAAACGUCAGUUAUUUUUAAAUCUCUCCCAGUCGUCAAAGAAAUGUAUUUUAUUUUAAAAUCUUCCAGUCAUCAAAGAAACGUCUUUUAUUUUGAAAACGUCUUUAAUUUUGAAAUCUCUCCCAGUCAUCAAAAAAGUUAUUUUGAAAAAUUAUUUUAUUUUGAAAUAUCUCCCGGUCGUCAAAGAAACAUAUUUUAUUUUAAAAUCUUCCAGUCGUCAAAGAAAUGUUUUUUAUUUUGAAAAGGUCUUUAAUUUUGAAAUCUGUCCCAGUCAUCAAAAAAGUUAUUUUGAAAAAUUAUUUUAUUUUGAAAUCUCUCCCAGUCGUCAAAGAAACGUAUUUUAUUUUAAUUUCUCCCAGUCGUCAAAAAGUUAUUUUAAAAAAAUAUUUUAUUUUGAAAUCUCUCCCAUCCGUCAAAGAAAUGUAUUUUAUUUUGAAAUCCCUCCCAGCCGUCAAAGAGACGUCUUUUAUUUUGAAAUCCCCCCCAGUUGUCAAAGAAACGUCUUUUAUUUUGUUCAGUUCCUGUGCAAAUGUGGAAGUUGACGUGCCUGCCGCAAAGCAUGCUGGGAGCAGAAGAAAAUCAAAUAAAAAUCCUGCCACUGUUGGAAAUAAAAAGCUUUAACGGUUAAAAAUGCGGCAAAUAAAAAAAAAGAAAAGACAUAAAAAAAUAAAACUGCUUUCUUUAUUUCGCCGUGAAAAAAAAAGAGCAUCGAUUAAAAAAGUACUUUAAUGCAGGAGAAGUAUUUAAGUUAUCGUGUACUUCCGGCUUGUCAACUUCCCUUUUAAAGCGGAAGUUUCACAAUAAAAGCGUGUUUUUUGGUAAUCUUGGGAGCACAGGAAGGAAGUACACAAAUAUUACUGCAGUAAGUACUUAAAAAGUCAAAAUACUUAUUUUAGUAAAUUAGUUGAGGAACACGUCACUUCCGGUGAGCGCCAGCAGAGGCCGCUGCCGGCACAACACCUGCACUGACGUCAUCGUCAAGGAUACCGUUUGUCCGAUAUUGGAGUACUUUGAUGUGUGGACAAUAAAAUAUUUGUUUUAAA